AUGACGCAGAGCAAUUAUAUCGUUGUUAAGAAAUACGGAAAACCAGGACAAUUCAAGAACGAGUCAAAGCGAGGCAAGGAGUUGGGAGCCGUGGAAAAAUACAGGCUCCGACGGAAAUACCCACCACCGCGAAGCAUUUAUUGGACGGACAAGAACUAUACAUACUCAUGCAAAGAAAACAGUAGAAGGUUCGACAUCACCAUAGCCAGACCGUCCUCUGAUUUGACUCUCACGCUUAAAAAUCAGUACCCCACACUUGACCAGAAGAAGGAAAUCUCUCGAGCCACUGAUCUGGAGAUUGUACAGAUCUCAAACUGGUUCAAAAAUCGCCGCCAGCGUGACAAAACGAGGAUGGAAUGUGCACACAAUACGGUCGACCGCAAAUGGUUCAAUUGCAGACACUCGCUUACAGUAAUCUCCCUUUGA